GGAGCUUUGAUAUUCCCUGCGGAGUGGUGACCGCAAAUAGAAAUAUUAACUUUUCCGCUAAUUGAUGCCCACGCAGAAGUUAAAGGUGACAUUAUGGCCGUUCAAGAAUCACCAUGGACGGAACCAAAAAGAAAAAAAGCACAUGCGAGAUAUACUACAACCAACGGUCAUACAAAAGAGCACAAAUUUAGUGUUGGAUUUUAUGAGAGAGAUCGCGUCAGCGAGCCAAUAGGUUCAUCGUGCACAGUAUACGCCAAACGCUCGUACGCAGAGGACCAUAACUCUACUGAAAAGUAUUUUUUUCGAAAACUACUUAUACCGGUUAUCGUCAUCCACCACGCUAUUGCACCUUACAGUGAGCAUGGGAAUGAUGAGAACUCUCUUUCCUUUCAAGCUACCUUCUACUCCGUAUUCUGUUUAUAUUAUAGAAUAUUUACGUACUCACCUAAUUUUCACACUCCAACCAAAGGCGACAAUUUCGUCUAA